CUGUGCCACGCAGGCGAGCAUCGCGCCACCUCCCAACACGUGGUUUUGCCAUUCCGUUACACUCCGAGAUUACGGGGAAAAGCGGUAGGGAAAACCCCUAUUCCACGUGUAGCCGUACACGAUGAUGCCGAAGCUUUCCCUACCGACUGUCUCCAUUCCUACAGAGCUACAGAGCACCCUGAAAAGAGUCAUCCCAGGAAGAAGCUGGUUGCCGACGGCCGCGUGUUGUACAAGUACCUCAUCUCUCGCAAGACAGUCUCUCGUGUCCAGGAGAGCAGGCGGAGGCGAGGACUCCUCAGAAUGGUCCCUGUAAAACUCUGGAGUGAAAAGCAGAAAAAUUCCUCAGUCAAAGAAACGGCAGAAUCAGUUCUGAGGUAUGGAAGUCGUGAGGCAGUGGCCUAUGCUGCAAGUAGACUGAAUGCCACAUAUGGUUCCACUCUCAGGGUCCUCAAUGAGAUUGCAGUCCGUGACUCAAAGUUUCAUCCAGAGACCAUGCUGGAUUUCGGGUCUGGUCUGGGGACAGCUGUAUGGGCUGCCCACAAUCUGUGGGGGGAGUCACUGUACGAGGUACAGACCGUGGACACGUCUGGGGAGAUGGGAGAGAUGGCUCGCCUACUGCGCCAGGCAGAGGAGGAGGAGGAGGGAGGGAGGGAAGCGAUUACCGGCGUGUACUUCCGACAGUACCUGCCGACUUCAAACAAGGUACAAUAUGAUCUGGUGACGUCGUGCUAUGUCCUGGGGGACAUUGCGUCACACGGCAUCAAGAAACUCUCCCUCGCUGCUCUAUGGAGAAAGACAAAGAACUACCUCGUAUUGGUGGAGCUAGGCAACGACACAGGCUUCCGGAACAUUCUUGAAGCGAGAGACAUGAUUCUAGAUGCCCCCAACUGGAUUACCAAUGACUCCGCCUCCGCCUCGACUGACCACGACAUAGAGGACACUCUCGAAGGCCACGUCUUUGCACCAUGUCCCCAUAGUCACAGAUGUCCCCUAAUGACAGCUGCUGGUGCUACAGACGAGGGAGCUACCAAGGCAACGAUGGGUGGACCCUGUCGUUUCGGACAGAGAGUGGCACUCGACCUUUCAAAUAGAGAAAUUUUGAAGCACAAGGGACACAACAUUGAGGCUUUCUCAUACGUUAUUCUCAAGAAAGGCAGACACGACCCUUCCAAUGAGCGGUAUUCCCGGCUGCUGUCUCCGGUAAAGAAAAGAUCAAGGCAUGUCCUGACACAACAGUGCUGUCCAGACGGCUCAGCGAGGCAGGUUAUAUACACCAAGUCGAAAGACGGGACUGUGUACAGACUGGCAAGAGAGGGCAACUGGGGAGACAUGCUACCUUACAGUGAAGAUGGAGAACACUCUGACACACAUACUCCUGCUGCAGACUAG